AUGGAAGCAAAAGACAUGAGGAAGAUCCACGGCAAUGGGAGGUUAUCAGAAACCAGUCUGGUCGAGAGGCCUCAGUCUAUGAAUGCGAUCGACGAGCGCAAGGAGCAUUUCGGUCUAUGGAGUACGCUGGGACUAUCGUAUUCCAUCAUGAACACGCCGAUUGCGAUCGCAUCGGCCCUUAUUCUGUCCGUCGGCGUGGGCGGCAGCCCCGUGUAUAUCUUCGCAUACUGCGUAGCGUUUAUUUUCCAGGUUAUUGUCUGUCUGAGUCUGGCAGAAAUGGCAGGGGCUUUCCCGCACCCUUCUGGUGAGACUUCUCUCUGA